AUGGCACCGCCAACAGUCGAGGAAGUGGCAGAAGAGGCCGGACCUGCGAUCAAAAAUAUCCUCACUCACCUCGCUUGCUACGGCUGUCUACCUUCCGACUCAGAGACCGAAAAGCUAGAGGUUUCAGGCCCUCUACGACAAUAUGCCAUCCUCUCAAUAAGCAUUGCCAGAUUCCAAUCAUGGGCGGGCCUUCCUGAAACUGGUGUAUUCGAUGUCGAAACCGCCAACCACUUCAACCAACCCCAUUGCCAUAGUAAUUGCAACCGGAGUGGAGGAACAGUGAACUCUGCCUAUGCAGAAGGAUAUACCCUCAAAAAUAAGAAGACGAUAACCUACUGCUUUAACGAAUACUCCGGCCAACUCUCCGUUCGCGAGAUUCGAGAUGUAUUUGAAAAGGUAUUCAAGGACUGGGAAGAUCUACUAAAAGUCCCGAUUAUCUUCUUGGAGGUUGCGCCACACCCCGGAAAAGGAAACAUAAGGAUCAGUUGGGCUAAUAGUGGAGGAGGAGGGGAAUCUGGACCCGUUUUCGUAUCAUACCCUCCACCGAAUGGUGUCGACCCGAAUACUCCGAUUGACAUGUAUUUUGACGAAGAUACGAAAUGGACUGUUGAGAACUUACGAAAAACUGUCCUCCAUCAAGCAGGACAUAUACUCGGCAUUGUUCAUUCGUCACGUAGGGACGCGGUUAUGUGGCCCGCAUAUAGUAAUGAAACAUUCGGUGGUGACGACCGUUCAGCCAUGUAUAGGUGGAAUACGGGCUCCAGUAUUUCAGAACCUCCCGCGAUCACGAUCGAAAAAUUAAGAGACUGGGUCGCAGCACGGAGAAAUAAGGAAGAACGGGGUUGGACCUGCAUCCUUCAAACCUGCGAUAAGCACAAGCUCAAGAUUAUUGCCGCUCCCGGUGGCGUUCUCUACCGUUUCAGCCUUCUUGGAAACAUCUGGAGAUAUAAAACAGGAGAAACGUGGGAGCGUAUUGCAUGGUGGUCAGGAGCGAAAUCACCAGCGGGUAUACAACAGCUUGUCACUAGCUCCGACUAUUUAUAUAGACUGAACGAAGAUGGUACCAUUUUACGAUAUCCGCACGACAAAAGUGAUAAUGGUUGGUAUGCCAUAGAUUCCAAGCAAAGCGGCAAUAAGAAAAUCGCAGCAUCUCAUAGCAGCCCACUCGUGUACAAGUGUACAAUUAAUGGGAAUGUCUCCGUUUGGCGAGAGGCUACAGAUAAAUUAUCUGGGUAUUGGGAUUUUCUAGGUUGCCCCAUGCCCCUUGGACCAACUAGCACACUCCCAGAAACCACGAAUAUCAUCGCAGUAGCAUCAGAGAUAAUCUAUCACUCAGACCAAACAAUUCUGAAAUACCAAGGGGCUGACGAGAAAUGGGAGUUGGCAUUCGAAAUACCAUUCCGCAAAAUAAUCGGUGGCACCAGCGACCAUAGUCUCUACAUAAUAGGUGUUAGUUAUUAUGAUCCUGGGGAAGUCCUUAAAUUGAUGUUUAAUAAGGGAGGUAUGACCUACCGAGUCGGAGAUAGGAGCAAGACUGGAAAUUGCGAUUCAGAGACCUAUCCAGAGGAAAUUGACUUUGUCGUUUCGGGUUCGCACCGGUAUACAGUCUAUUCUUACGGGCCUGCUAAGGACAAAAGGCGGGGGGUAGUUCACAGUGGCGAGGAAGAUCGACCUAAAGCAGGUUCCCAUAAAUGGGUAGAUUUGAAGCCUCCCUCAUCUAUCUCCCAGCUCGUCGCCGCUGAGGACGAUGUAUACUACAUGGACGAUACUGGGAGUAUUUUCAAAAUGUCUAUGGGCUAA